AACCAUGAGACCCAACAUAAACCCCAAACCACUAUCCUUUCUCCUCUUUCAUCCAAAUUGAAUAUUCAGCAACCUUCCAGAUUUUCAACAUUCUCAUAAUAAUAAUCUUCUUUCGUCUUUCUACUUUCAAGUAACGCUCAGACUUGAGAAGAUCUAGUAAGUAAGUAGAACUAGUAAGUUCUACCGGAGAAAAGUUUUGGAUUUGGAAUGAUUUAAUCCAGGGCUUCAACAUCCACAACGUUCUGCACAAAAUCCACAAAGAUGUACUCUGUUCUCCGCUCGACUACUUUACAUCACUUCCGGUUUCUUCGCGUAACAGGAGCACGGAUGGCCAGAGGGUUCAUGCCCAUCAGAGGUCACGAGCUCAGGGACCCAAUUCCGCCUGCACUGCUAACUUUCAAGGAUCCUCGAGCGUUCCAGGCUAAGAGCUUUUGGGAACUUAUACGAGCACUUGGGGUUUUUAGACUCUGCUCUUACCCUGUGCUGGUCAAUAACUGUGACAAGCUUAUGUCCCUCACACGGGCCGCCCUGGGAAAAAGAGUAUUCGCCGCAGUCCUUCGGCCGUUUGUGUACGCUCAGUUUGUUGCCGGGGAAACAGAGAGUGAGAUUGCAGCGUCCAUGGAGAAGAUGAACUCUCUAGGACUACGUCCAAUGUUGGCUGUUCCCAUUGAAGAGGAUCUAGGAGAAAGCUCUGGAGAGAAGAGGUAUGAUGACAACUUGGCAGCCAUGUUGGAGUGUGUGUGCAUGUCUCACAGCAAUGCCUGGUGCAAAGAUCCCAUGAUGCAGCUGAAAAUAACAGCCUUGAUCAACCCCGAGCUUUGUGUUAAGUUGACGUCCUUGCUGAAGAAACAUCAUUAUGAUCUUGACUUUGUGGUUAAAGCUAUGGACGGAGAGUUUAUUACAUUUCCUGGACUGAGUGAAACUGAAAACACACAUGUUCUACUUGGACUCAACAGACUAAACCGAAUCGGAGAGGCAAGUGUUAACAAAGUCAGGGUGCUAGUGGAUGCCGAGUACACGUACAUGAAUCCUGCACUCUCGCUCGUCACUAUGGCCAUGAUGAAGAAGUUCAAUCGGGAUAGCGCCUGGAUCUGGAACACAUACCAGUGCUACCUGAAGGAGUCCAGAGACCUCAUUUUUGAUGCUAUCCGUCUUUCUGUGGACCAGUCUUUCUGCCUCGGGGUUAAACUUGUCCGAGGUGCAUACAUGGACAAGGAGAGGAAGCUGGCGAUCAAGGAAGGACGAGAUGACCCGAUUCACCAGUCCUGGGAGCACACAAACGACAGCUAUAACAGGUCUCUUGAAGUGAUGCUUAACCUGAUUUCACAGCAGCCUGACCGCUACAAGAUCAUCGUAGCCACUCAUAAUGAAGAAUCCGUCAGAAAGGCAGUGACAUGGAUGACCGAGUUAGGGAUUGCUCGAGAAGGGGGUUCAGUGUGUUUUGGUCAGCUUCUGGGGAUGUGCGAUCAUGUAUCUCUUACUCUGGCUCAGCAGGGUUUCCCCGUGUACAAGUCAGUGCCUUACGGCUCAGUGGAUGACACCCUGCCGUAUCUGGUCCGGCGGGCUCAGGAGAACCGCACCGUGCUGCAGGGGAUCCGCAAAGAGAGAGACCUGCUGAGGCAAGAGCUACGUCGUAGACUCCGGGAGAAGAUCACUGGAGCCAAGUAAAGAAAGGCAGAAAGAGCAAAAACAACAAAUCAGAGAAGAUAAGGGUCUGAGGUAUGAAUGAGGUAGGAAUCUGACAAAAAAGGGACUAUGGCAUUCCUUUAGAAAAUUAAUUGGAAUUUAGUUAAACUGCUAGUUUUUGCUAGCUGACUUGAAUUGAAGUAAAAGUACAGAGCAUUCAUUCAUUCAUCUUCUACCGCUUAUCCGAACUACCUCGGGUCACAUGGAGCCUGUGCCGAUCUCAGGCGUCAUUGGGCAUCAAGGCAGGAUACACCCUGGACGGAGUGCCAACCCAUCGCAGGGCAAGCACAGAGCAAUUGGUACAAAAAUAGAAGAGAAAACAUGAUUUUCUGAUAAGUGUUUUUAAUAAACAACCAAGAGGUAUGGUUUGCUAAAUGUAACAAGACUAGUAUGUAUACUCUCGACGUGGUGUUUUCCUACAAACCUCUCUGCUCGUAUUUCAUCAGCUUGAAGGCUUCUGUUGUUUUUCCUCAAAGAAUUGUUUACUUAGCCUUCUGCUUUUUCUCCAAUCCACUGCAUCACCAAAUGGAGAGAAAAAAGAGAGGAGGGCUCUGCAGUCAUUAUCACAUGCUCUUUAAUGACUUUCAGAACUACAGCCAGUUCACUCCCAUUCAAAACCUGUUCCUGAGCAAAUGGACCUGCAAUCUUUUCUUCUGCAGGAUGACAAAUAUACUGAUGAGAAAAGAAAAAAGGGCAAAAAUUCAAAGGUUCAAAGUUCAUGGUGUAAAUAACACCAAAUAGAAAUUUGAGCAACAGGAAAUCUGUGACAAACAUGAACAUCUACAAGUGCCAUCCACAGUUUUUUCAGGACCUUGCGUGAGUGUCCGUCAAAGCCAGUUGAAUCCCUUGGGGUAGGGAACCAAAACUCUUUCUGAAGGAUCUAAAGGAGUGGUGGAACCCAUAGACGUUUUCAACAUAUGCAUCUCCUUAUAUAAUCUAUGGGUUUACACCGAUGCUCCAGGGCCGGCUCUAUGGGGUAUCUUUAAUCUUUGUAUUCAAAAUGACACUGGACACAACUUUACAGUCUGAAGUGUUCCAGUUCAUUCACCUAACUUCUCAUGACUUAUGGACUCUUAUAGAAGGUACAAGAGAAAGUUUAGCCCUCAAAGUCUGGUGAAUUAAAGGAUUGUUUAUGAAAUAUUCCUCAAAUCUGUUAAACUGCCAUGUCUUAAUAUCUGUAACAAAUCAAAGUCUUUCUUCAAAA